GGCGGAGACAUCGACAUCUCAGACGUCAAUCACAAAGCUAAAACCUACCCAAGCCACCAAUUUCUCACCAACAAACAAAGCCGCAUAUUCCACUUCCAAUCUCCACCGUCCAUUUCGAAUCCAACGCCCCGUAAUCAAGCCCCUCCUAAUCACAUCACAUGUUGCCGCUCUAUUAAGCUCCACCACCGCCACCUCACAAGAUCCCACUCCCACCGUCAUGGCCUCUGUAGCACUCACCACCACCCUCCCCUCUCUCCGCCUCCGCCGCAACCCCGCCGCCGCCUCCGCCCUCAAACCCAACCGUCUGACUUCCUUUCCACCUUCCUCACUCAAACCAAACCUCAGAACUUCGAUUUCCUCCUUCCCAAAUAUCUCACUUAAAAAAACGAACCUCGUUCUCAGUCGCAAGCACUCUUCUCUCACUGUUAGAGCUACCGCAGCCUCCAUCACACCGGCUCCGGCUCCGGCGCCGACUCAGCCAUGGCAAGGUGCCGCAAUAAAACCACUAUUAGCCUCCAUCGCCACGGGAGUGAUCCUCUGGUUCACACCAGUUCCCGCGGGCGUAAACCGUAACGCGUGGCAAUUGCUCGCGAUCUUCUUAGGCACAAUCGUCGGCAUUAUAACCCAACCACUGCCCCUCGGCGCGGUUGCGAUAUUAGGUUUGGGCGUUUCCGUUCUCACCAAAACCCUAACGUUCGCCGCCGCGUUCUCUGGCUUCGGUGACCCGAUCCCCUGGCUCAUCGCACUCGCCUUCUUCUUCGCCAAGGGAUUCAUUAAAACUGGCCUCGGGAACCGUGUUGCGUACCAGUUCGUGAAGCUCUUCGGCAGCUCCUCGCUCGGGUUAGGUUACAGCCUUGUCUUCAGCGAGGCGCUGCUGGCGCCGGCGAUCCCCUCAGUGUCAGCGAGGGCGGGCGGGAUAUUCCUUCCGCUCGUAAAGGCGCUGUGCGUGGCGUGCGGGAGCAACGUUGGCGACGGGACGGAGAACAGGUUGGGGGCGUGGCUCAUGCUCACGUGCUUUCAGACUUCGGUGAUUACGUCGGCGAUGUUUCUAACGGCGAUGGCGGCGAAUCCGCUCUGUGCGACGCUGACGCAAAGUUCCAUUAACCAGACGAUUGGGUGGUUGGACUGGGCCAAAGCUGCAAUUGUCCCUGGCCUGGUGUCGCUGGUGUUGGUUCCGUUGAUUUUGUAUGUUAUAUACCCUCCGACUCUGAAGAGUAGUCCUGAUGCUCCUAAGCUUGCGAGAGAGAAGUUGGAGAAAAUGGGGCCCAUGACAACCAAUGAGAAGAUCAUGACUGCUACGUUGUUUCUCACGGUGGGACUUUGGGUAUUUGGAGGACUUCUUAAUAUUGAUGCUGUAUCUGCUGCAAUUCUUGGAUUAUCUGUACUUCUUGUCACAGGUGUUGUUACAUGGAAGGAGUGCUUAGGGGAAGGAGUUGCCUGGGAUACUCUCACAUGGUUUGCUGCCCUCAUAGCAAUGGCUGGGUAUUUGAACAAAUAUGGCCUCAUUUCUUGGUUCAGUCAAACGGUAGUCAAGUUUGUUGGUGGAUUGGGUCUAUCAUGGCAACUAUCUUUUGGGAUUCUGGUUCUUCUCUACUUUUACUCUCAUUACUUCUUUGCAAGUGGAGCUGCUCAUAUUGGCGCCAUGUUUACUGCAUUUUUGUCUGUUUCCACUGCUCUGGGGACUCCGCCAUUCUUCGGAGCCAUAGUGCUGUCGUUCCUCUCCAACCUUAUGGGUGGCCUUACUCAUUACGGAAUCGGAUCAGCUCCGGUGUUUUUCGGUGCCAACUAUGUUCCCCUUGCUAAAUGGUGGGGUUAUGGAUUCCUCAUUAGUAUUGUUAACAUUAUAAUCUGGCUUGGACUUGGAGGGGUUUGGUGGAAAUUCAUUGGCUUAUGGUAAGAGGCCUAUUAUAUAAUUUUGCCUACACAGAAUUUCUAAUCUAAGAAUUUUGUAUACGUUCAUGUAUUAAUCCUCCUUACUAUGGGCAGUUGAAGCAAACUGCUAAUCUUUUUUUUUUCCGAUUCUUUCGAAAAUAAUCUUUUUGGGAGGUUUUGAUGGAGAUUUAGGUGGGAUAUGAAUACAGUUGGUCAUUUUAGACCCGGGUAGAACAUUUUAUUUCAUUUCUGAAGUGUAAGGACAUCCUGCCAUUCAGGAUAUGUUGUAGUUGUAUGCAUUGAAUGUGUUUUUCCACAAAUAAUUAAAUUUUGUAUGCAUUCUUUCA